GCGCCCACUCCACGCGUUCUUAAAGACCGUCAUUUAGCUUUUGUGCUUAUGUAUAGUAAUCUUUAAUCUAAUGAGCUCAUGAUAUGCACAUCGCGUUUAUUCUUCAACCUUCUGGAGAUCUUAUUUUUUUCACCUUACACACUUUGGCUGUUUAUUGUUUUGCAAAGGCAUGUUAGUCAGUCAUUUAAAGAAGCUGAAAUAUGCAUAUGGGUUGCUACGACCAUGAUGUUAACAUGCACAGCAUUGCACUGGAUAUAUAACUGGAUAAAGUCGCCCCAUUGCGCGCUACGCAACUUUUCUCCAUCGGUAACUUUCACCUUGCGCGGCCAUGAGUGCGGAAAAGCCAAACUUUCUGUCUCAACCCGAAGUGAAAAACAUUUAUUUUUAUCGGAAUGGAGAUCCGUAUUACGAGCCCAGGCGUUUGGUGGUCAACGCGAAACGGGUGUCGACCUUCGACACGCUGCUGCGGGAGGUGACGGGUGGCGUGCGCGCUCCGUUUGGAGCGGUGCGGAACAUCUACACGCCCAAAGCAGGACACAGAGUAGACUCACUGGAGCACCUGAGAAGCGGAGAGCAGUAUGUGGCUGCUGGACGAGAGAAGUUCAAGAAAAUAGAUUAUUUACAGAUAGGAACCAGGAAGAAAAGAACUUCUCAGUCAAAUGGACUGAUGAAACCUAUACCCCAGAGUCGUAUGAUAGUAUCUGCCCGGUUCCUCAAACCCAUCAAAGAGCCCUGUGCAAUAUUUGUUAUGGCUAAUGGAGACGUCCUGAAUCCAGCGGUGAGAUUAUUGAUACCCAGUCGUGUGAUUGGCCAGUUCGAACGUAUUUUAGAGAUGAUCACAGAGAAAAUGGGCCUGAGGAUUGUGGGGGGUGUGAGGAGUUUGUACACCUUUGAAGGAACUCUCAUUACAGAUGGGAAGGAGUUGGAAAAUGGACAGUUUUAUGUUGCUGUUGGCAGAGACAAAUUUAAAAAGCUUCCAUACAGUGACCUCCUGUUCAGUAAACCUAUAGGCAUGAAGAGAGUUAAUGGGUCAAAAGCAGCAUCACUACCACCCAUAUACAAAUACAGACGACAAAAUGGAGAUGUGGGGAACCAUGUCAGUAAGUCAGUGGUGGGUGGCAGUGAAUGUGGACAGGACAAAAGCAGCCCUCCGGCGCACAGCUCUAAAGAACAUCUGUCCUCUCUCGUCAGAGAGAUCUCUCAGGCCAAACUUAUGUACAUUCGCAAAAAGAGAAGUGGUCUCAUGACAUCCCAUGACAUUCUAGAUGACGAUGAUGGAGAGGACAGAAGUGCAGAGGAUGACAAGUUUUCACCAGAGGUAGAAGAAGUCAGUCCAGACCCUAAUCAAGAGAAAAAUUCACAAGAACAAGUUAAUAUAGACGACUCAUCUACAACAGAAGAACAGAACCAAACCACAGAAGCACAGAACCAAACCACAGAAGAAAAGGACCAAACUACAGAAGAACAUGACCAAACCACAGAAGAACAGGACCAAACUACAGAAGAACACGACCAAACUACAGAAGAACAGGACCAAACUACCAAAGAACAGGACCAAACUACAAAAGAACAGAACCAAACUACAGAAGAACACGACCAAACCACAGAAGAACACGACCAAACCACAGAAGAACAGAACCAAACCACAGAAGAAAAGGACCAAACUACUGAAGAACAGGACCAAACUGCAGAAGAACAGAACCAAACUAUAGAAGAACAGGACCAAACUGCAGAAGAACAGAACCAAACUACAGAAGAACAGGACCAAACUGUAGAAGAACAGAACCAAACCGUAGAAGAACAGAACCAAACUAUAGAAGAACAGGACCAAACCACAGAAGAACAGGACCAAACCGCAGAAGAACAGGACCAAACCACAGAAGAACAGAACCAAACCACAGAAGAACAGGACCAAACCACAGAAGAACAGGACCUAACCACAGAAGAACAGGACCAAACCACAUGUAAUGGAGAAGAAGAGCAGAAUCAGGAGGAUGAGAAUGCAGAAGAUGAGAACAAAGAAACAGAAGAUGCAGAGAAGAAUGAGUUUGAUGGAGAGAUCAAAGAUGAGGAAGAGACAUCAGAUCCAGAGGCAAAGGAUGUCAAUGAAGAGAAGUGUGAGGCAGAUGAAGAAGAGAGGCAGAAUGAAGAGCAGCAGCUGAAAGGAGAAGAGGAAAUAAAUGAUGAGAAACCAGACAAUGAGAAAGAGCAGACAGAAGAAAGUCCAGAUCAGAGUGAAGAACAAACCAAUGCUGAAUGAGAGUACAAAAAAAAAAAACAUAAAGGAACAAUUCACCCCCAACUGACUUGCUUUGUGGUACACAAAAUGAUCUGAAGACUUUAAAUAUAUUGCACAUGUCAAGUGAACAACUUUUGAGUUUUAUGUUUGUUUAAUAGUGCCUUGUCAACCCUUAGUCACUCUUUUUAAUGUCUCUUUCUGUGUUCCAUGGCAGAAAUAGUCAUAUCGGAAAUAGUCAUAUCAAAACCACCAUGUACGGUGAGUAAAUGAUCAUAGUACUUUCAUUUUAAUGUAAACUAUUCCUCUAAAACUGCAGAUUAAUUGCAUUGAUUCAAAUAUAUUUCAUUGAGAUUAUAAUAAUGUGAACAAAUGUAAUAACAUACCUAAUCUAGCCUGGUAGGAUUUAUGGAUAUAUAUAUAUUCUCUAUAGUCUAUUCUAUAAAUGACUACAACAAAAUUAGCUGUAAUGCUAAUAUAUCUGCUUAUGCCAUUAGAUGUAGAUCUGCUAAAGAUGUUCAUUGUAGAUUAUUUUGUCAGUGGAAGCAAAAUGUGUAGAUUUAUAUAUUUUUUUGCUAAUGUCUACUCUACUAUUGUAUAAAGAUUUUAGUUUUUGUUAUAUUAUAUUUACAUUUUAACUGAUUUAACUGACUAAUAACAUCAGCGGUGAAUGAUAAGAUAUCUGUCUGUCUGUCCAACACAGUCUCGAACUGUAAUCUAUUCAUCAAUUUACGCAACCUUAUGACUUCAAACAGAAGUUUAGCAGAAUGUUUCAGCUGCUCCUUCCGGGAAAUCACAGGAAUGUUCUCAUGUUGGGUGUGAAUGUUCAGAACGGCUAAUUCUCAGCCAAAGUUAGUGUAUGGAUUUUGAAUAAAGCUUAAGCCAU